AUGAAGUUCUUCUCCCUGCUCGUGUCCACUCUCGCCCUGGCGACAGGCGUCCUCUCCGCAGGGCCCUUGAACCCGCGGGUUCCUGUCCCUGCUCGUGCUGCGCCAGUCGCUCCCCGUGCCCCUCGUGCCCCUCGUGCCCAUUGGGCUGCUCCUGCAUCUUUUCCCUCCGGCAGCUGGGCCUCGUCUCCGACUGGUAGCUUUAUCUCCUCUCCGCCUUGCAGCUUCACGACUGGCAGCUUCGUCUCUACCGGCAGCUUCGCUACAACUACUUCUGGCAGCUUCGUGAGCAAGCCCUCCGGCAGCUUUACCAAUACCGCAUCCGGAAGUUGGGCAACCAGCUCAUCCAGCCCGGGACGCACCAGCCCCGUCGGCGGCGGUGGCCGUAGUGGCGGCAGCAUUACCGCGACCCCAACUGGUGCACCCUCUGCUACACCUGCUCUCAGCAACUCCGGUGCCAUCCACCAAAUCAGCGGCUCUCUCGGGGCUCUUGCUAUUGCGGCGGUAGCUAUGGUGUUGUAG